AUGGUUUUUUUCGUACCGUGUUACGUUCGAGAAAUCGAUUAUCGUUUAACUCACGAUUGUUGUAAAAAAUGUUAUUGUAAGGGUGGUAGAAACGCACUUCAUUUGGCCGCUGCCGGUGGUUACAAGGACGUCGUCGCGACGCUUUUACAAGCAAAAUGGGAUGCAAAUUUACAAGAUACCGCUGGAUGUACUCCAUUGCAAAGAGCAGCAGCAGAGGGUCAUUUGGACGUCGUUAAACAAUUAAUUAAACACGGAGCAAAUGUCAACGUGCAAGACAAAAUCCACGGUAACACGGCAUUACACGAAGCGAGUUGGAAGGGAUAUAGUAAAUGCGUCGAAGAACUUUGCAAAGCCAAUAAAAUCAAUUUGCAGGUGAAAAAUGCCGGAGGAUUCGCUCCUUUGCAUUUGGCUUGUCAAAAUGGUCACAAUCAAAGUUGCAGAGAGCUAUUAAUGGCAAAUUGUAAUCCGGAUAUACAAAAUAACUAUGGAGACACUCCUUUGCACACGAGCGCACGUUACGGUCAUGCAGGUGUUACGAGAAUUCUAAUUAGUGCCGAUUGCCAUAUGUCGGAUCAAAACAAGAACGGAGAUACCGCUUUGCACAUAACGGCAGCAAUGGGAAGAAGAAAAUUAACAAGAAUCCUACUCGAAGCCGGUUGCGAUCCGAAUAAAAGAAACAAAGCAACUAAAGACAUAGCGGUGAGAAAAGAUCUCGGUGAAAUUGUGGAAAUCAUCGAUAAAACGAUUCCGUUGAAAAAAAAAGAAAAGCAAAAGGAUAAAAAGGAAAAAGAAAGGGAUAAUAAUAAUAAUGAUGGAAAGAAAAGGGGAAAAGAAAGCGGGAGCAGCAAAGACAGCAGCACGAGGCCGAAAGAUAAGAAAAAACCGAAAAGCGAACAUCAGGUACACUUCGAAGAACCCGUCGAACCCGCCAAAUGGUCUCCCUACGGUUGUCACUAUUAUCCGGAUUCUAAAACGUUUCCAAAACCCAAAUUGGAUUCUUUGCCACACGAACCGCUGAAAAAGGGCGAACAGUAUUAUUUGGAUUUGGCUGGAAAUAUAAGGAAGGGACCCGUCGGCGUCGGAUACACGUGUUAUUGCGCUCCCUUUUUCCGUCACAUGGAAGAACGAUUGGACAGAGAUAAAAAAGAAUUGAAAGAACACAUUGACGCGGCUCAAAUACGAUUGGAUAAAAAAGUGACGAGUUUGGAAGUGAAAACGAGGAGUCAAUUAAACGAAAUAACGAGGAGCAUGGCGUUGGAAAGAGUCAAAUGUCAACAGAGGCACUUGCAUUUGGAACAGUGGUUAAUCAGAGGGUCGAUAUUUAGAAAUUCCGAAAAACCCAAACCGACGGAAUACGUCAACGCUCGAAUAUCGAAAUCCAAAAGUCUCGAAAACAUACUCGAAGAAAAUCGACACUGUUCGACGAGGAGCGACAACAACAAUCUUCAUCGUAGCGUCGACGUGUUAAACGACCAACGUUUGAUAGAAAUCGAAAAAGAGAAAAACGAAGAUUUUAAAAAUAGGAGUUCGUCGAGGGAGGGAAAAGAAUCGGGAAAAGGGAGCAGCGAAAUAGAAGAAUUGGGUUCGACGGACGGAGAAGACAACGUUGACGGCCACGAGAAAAAACACGUGCAACGACUCGGAGAUUUAAACAAUCACGAAAGGAAAAUGCAACAAAGGACCCGAGAGAUAAGCGAAAGAAUCGAUCGGAUAUUGGAAAACAACGACAACAACGACGGAAUGAACGUCAUCUGCGACGAAAUGCUAAAAUGGAAAAGUUACCACAAUGCUUACAGCGAAACAAGAGAAAACCAAAGAAUUCCAAUCGAACGACAGCCGCACCAACAGCCACAGCAACAACAGCAACAGCACCAAGUUCUUCAAAGGCCUCAAUCUCAAUGGAAUAAAACCAGGCAUUUGGAAAAUCGGCGUUCGUAUCACGAUAUUCUAAGGGACGAAGACCGCGACGCGAAUGGGAGAAAAGAAGACGUCGAUAAGAGAACGAGAAGACUUUCCGAUCCAUCUCUCGGGUCCGCCGUCGAAGAACCGGAAAGGAAAUCCGUACAAGAAAUAAUUUCGAAACUACAGAGGCAACACACGGUUCAAGAAUUGGUGGCGAAGAUACAGAAGAAAACCGGACUCAUACACAAAUCCGCUCAAAAAUGGAAAGAGAACAAACUCCUCAAAAGCAGAGAAAAGACGGUCAAGUACUUCGACGCGGAAAACGACGUGGGAUUAGAUGAAGACCCGACGACCCGAACCGCGGACUACACGAAACACCCUCACAACUACGAGAACAUACGACAGUGGGACGUACCGAAAGAAAAGCUAUCUCAAUUACCUUACAGGUGCAGGAAUACCGUUUACAGUCCGUCAUUUUCGAAGAGUCCACCACUCAACGAUCCCGAAUACCAAAGACGCCUACAACACGAAUCGCCGAACCGCGGAAGGGGAGCAGCCGAGGAGUACACACGAAGGGGAUACGAGAGAAGACAUACCUAUGAAGAGGAUCCUGAACUCCUGAGAGGUGACGACAACAACUCCACGACAGCCGACAUGGGUAACGAAUUGUACGGUUACGUUCCAUCCUCCGGUAUGUACCACCACCACGAUCCCGUGACAUCCUCGGAUCCUAGGAAGACGUCGACGACGACGAUGAUGAUGAUGAUGAUGAGACAGGGAGAACGUCACACUUACAGUCCGACUCCAAACGAUUCCGGGUACAGUACGAAGCCCUACGGAGGAAGUUCUACGGGUCCUUCUCCAUCCCUGUCCGGUGAGCGAUGUCCCCAAGUUGUGAAUCAGUCUAUUCUCCCCUGCCCAAACAAAAAACAAUUAAUUAAUAAUGAUUUUUCUACAGGGCAAGAUUUCGAUUCGAAGGCCGAACUUCAAGUUUAG